AUGGCAACUGCAUCAUGUAAACGAGUUGUCUUUGAUAGAAACGAAUCUUCAAAAUGUACUCAUCGUAUUCCACAUUUAAUCUAUGAUGAACCAUAUAUAUUUCAAGUUCGAAGUCAGCGUACACGUUCAUUACAUAAACGUCCAUAUGAUGAUUGUUUAAAAGCAACUAAACAACAACAACGAUUAUCUACAGCGAAUAUUCAAUAUGAAAAGAGAUGUUCUCGUUUACCACCUAGACCUAUUGAUUUCGAACAAAUGAAUCGACCAAAAACUGCUCCAUUAAAUCGAAAAGUAAACGAUUGUAAUUGGGAUAAUUUUAUGACAAGAAAAAGUAAAUUUGCAAUUAAAACACCAUAUGCUCUAUGUAAUUUAUCAACUAAACAAGAAGAAUUAGAAAAUCGUCCACCAUUUAUGAACUAUGGUGGACGUUCUAAUGAUAAACAAUGUGGACAAAAGCGAACAUUUAAUUCACUAGCUAUACAUCAACUUAAACAUCAUGAAGUUGAUAAUGAACGUUUGAGAAGUUUACUUCGUGAACGACAUCUUCAUCAUCAAGCGGAAAAUUAUUUUCGUGAGAUGGAAAAACGAAAAGAUCAUAAAUAA